CAAAAUAAAUUAACGUUUAAUAUUGAUCAUUUCGGUUUUUAAAUACAAGCAAAAUUGUAAUACUAGUUUUAUGCGAAAGCUAAUUAAUGAGAAGAAUUUAUAAGUUUUUACAAGAAUACAGAAGUUAAAAAAGUGACCGGCAGAUGAAAAUGAUAUCAUUUGGAAUGAAAGAUGUUGAUACUUUUGGUAAGAGAAAUACAUAUAGAACGGAAGCUAGCAAUAGAAUGAUAUUUCAGAAUAAAAAUAUGAACGAAAGUCUCGACAAAAACAAUAUCAACUUAAUUCAAUUAAACAAGCAUCCGGAAAAGAAGCCAUCGAUUUUAACAAUGAAGGAUGAGUGGACUACAUAUUCUUCGAUUGGAGUGCAGCGUCAAAUUCUAAAACAAAAUACUAAAAUAAUUAAAAAUUUUAUAAACUCAUUGGCAGUGCCAUCGUGGUAUCGAGGAGUUUCCCUGUUUCAAAAAAAGUCGGCAGAUCUCUUACUAAAUGCAAUACGAGAUGACUGUGCUCAGCGUACAGUUUAUCGAACGAUGAGGUGCUUAGAUUCUAUAGGUUUAGAUCCCUUGCCAACAAAAAAGCAAUUGCAUACAAUUUUACCGCUUUGUGGAGGCAGUGAUUUGGCCCUUUUAUGGUUCUUGAUGGAAUGGUUAUAUCGAGACAAUGAAUCUGAUUCUUACAGUGUAAAUGAACAGUUGAUAUUGUCUAGUAUAGCUCAUUUGGAUUUAAACGCAACUCUGCGCGAAUUAGAUCGUAUUUUGCCUCCAGGUCAAGCUCCAAAGAUUGAGGUUUUUCAAAAGAACAAAAAAAAAUUCUCAAAAAGAAAAAAUAAUAGCAUUCAACCUAGCAGUAGAAAUAUACUGCCGUACUUCGAAAAAUUGGGACAACCUAGAUUAAUAAAAAAUUGUUAUUCUGGCAGAGGAUUUAAACGAAAGGGGAUUUUGGAAUCUUAUCAUCAACAAUACAGUAAUUCUACAGUUCAAAAAUUUGCGAAAUAUGAGAUCACCAGAUUGCGAAAUAAAUUCGAAUCAGCCACAUUUGAUGAAACCAAAAUCCAAACAGUAUAUAAGCAGCAGGAAGAUAUUGAUUAUUUAACAAAUACUUUUAAUGAGCAGUUAAAUGAAAUUGCUAAAAUGAAAGUUCAGGAGAUGGAACAGAUUUUCGAUAGAAAAAAUCAAAGUUAUAAACAUUUUAUAAAACGGCUUCAAUGCGAUAUUGAAAAGUAUCGCCAUGAUUUUCGUACAAUGGCUGAAAUCUAUCAUAAACAGUGUGACUUAAACCUAUCGACAAAUACAGUUUGUGAAAGUAAACCUGACAUGGUAUCAACACUAAAUUCAAACCAGGAUGGUGGUUUUGGCGAACAACAAAAUAUUUAUAGUACGUCUUCAUCGAAAAGUAUGGAAAAUCGUAGAUACUCAUUUCAAGAGUCUCCAGUUAGUGAAUUUCCUGAUAAAUAUGACUUUAGCUCAAAGACGUCUGAAAAUGACACAGAUCCAAAAUAUUUUUUUAUUUCUGAACAACAACUGCCUUUUAAAUUUGACUAUUGUAAAAUGUUCAAUUAUAAAGAAUUUACAAAAGAAGAAGAUAGCGAUGGUCUCGAUGUUACGGCCAGCAAUUGUGUUCAGCAAAUUUGGCAGCAGGAAUUAAAGAAACAUGAGAUAAUAGAGUUUACUAGUAGUCCAAAUGAAAGAAUUCAACCAAGUAUAGUGGAUUAUGGUUUGGAUUACUAUGAUCCAGAGAACGAUGAGUUAAUGGAUCGUAUGCUCAAAGACGCAAUAAAUAUUUUAAAAAAAGACCAACGAUUUGUAUUUGCUGCAAUGCCAGCUGCACAUCGUUUUCCCAUGCUUCGUGAAUGGAUUCGAUUAAGAUAUGGCAAGACGUAUAAAAAAGGCGAAAUGAGUAAAUCCUUCAAAGAAUCUCAGCCAAUAUUCUCAGCAUUAGCUAAGAUAGGAUUACCGGUGGAAUUGCCAUCUAAUGCCAAUAUGGGUACAGAUUUAAUAACGGAUUAUUCCUGUCGGGACUACGUUCUCAGAAAAUCAAACUACAUUCGCAACAAAUAUUACAGGCGAAUCGAUAAAGCUAUUUUGGCUUUAACCCGAGUAAUUUAUUUUGCAAUGUGCCCAUUUUUAUGCUGUAAUGGUUCGCCUAGUAAUACGAUAUUCGCGUAUAUGCCUGCACACAAACGUAAAAGUUAUCAUUUUCGCCCCUGGAAACCCGAAGAGUGUAUGAAACGCAAACAAAUUAAUCAUUUUGAAACGUAGAUAUUACACAGUCUUACGAUUAACAAACAUAAGUCCUCAAAAAACACAAUAAAUUAAUAAAAAAUGGAUAAUAUAUGGAACAUUUUUCAAGAUAUAUUAAAAUAUAUGUAUUUGCUUUGUUUUAGUGUUAAUUAGAUUUGCAGUUUAUAAUUGAGUGCAAUAAUUAUAUAUUACAAAAAAACUGUAAUCCUGACAAGUAUUUGGAACAAAUCUAUUAUUUAUAUAAUUAAUAAGCCAAUGUACAUAAUUACUUUAUAAGGAACAUAAACGGUUAAAAGUCCAUAAAGGUUUUUGGCAUUAAAUUAAUGAUAUAAUCUUCGCAAAAAUUGAGUUGAAUUUGAUAUGAAACUGUAACAAAAUUUAAAAAAUUAAAAAAAUAAUAUGAAAUAAAAACAU